AGCUACUCCAUGCGCCUGGGGCUUUCCACUUUCACAGGAGGACAAGAACGCUUGGCAGGCAAACGGGACGGUGGGUGCGACUGUCGCUGGUGCCUCACCGCACCUUCCAACUUUGAUAUAAGAACACCCCACUCCACCCGAAACCUCAACCAAAUCUGCUGCCCGGUACACUCUCGCAACCAUCACUUUUCGGUCCCCAGCCAUUGUGUGUAUCAUGUCUUACCAACCUACGCCAAUCGAGGUACGAGUUGGCACGAAUGCGGAGAGUCUUCUUCACAUGAGGCUCCCGUCACCUCGGUACUCUAUUCAGCCGCUCGAAUCCGCCCCCCCCGCAUCCACUCCUGAGGGCAUCAAGUCAGACCGUCUAGUGCCAUGGGAGGGCUUCAUCACCUCAGUAGCGGAAUGGUUCCUCUCCAUCGAAUUGAAGGCGGCCAUGGGACGCACCAAGGAGAUCCCCGUAGGACUCACCCUGGUGGCGCAGCAGAGGAUGGUCGAUAGACACCCCUUUGGUUGCCACCGCGGACUUUUCCGCAUUGCUCUCUACCACCUGGCGCUUCCGGGCGCUGCUUGCUUUGAUGUGUUGCGGGGAAGCCCAGAUUCACUAGAAGUGCUGGGUGGUGACGCCUUCACUGUCCGGGGAGCAGACCCUAAGAAGAAGCAUCCAGACUUUAUCUUCAGGUAUACAUUGGAUGAUAUCGAUACACCGAAUCGCCGCGUGUUGCUUGGGGAUAUGCGGCUUCCUUCUGACGUCAAUAUGGCUGCCCUAGCCUCAGCUUCUGAGAACGGGAUAUCAACCCAGGUCACAGAAAUUCUAGAGAACAUGACCGAGUACAUGCGCAUCCACAAGGCUAGUUACGGUUUCAUCUCCACCUGGGAGCAUACCGUCUUCCUCAAGUUGGCCUCCCCAGCCAACGAGCCGCUUCCAGACUCAUCGGGCCCGAAGAUGCUGUUCUCCCCGCCAAUUCCCUACGAUGUCGAGACGAAGAUUGAAGAUACGGAGAUCCGACUGUCAACGUCAUGCUUGGUCUGGUCUAUCUUCUGUUCCAGGCUACUGGGAUCAAGCCUACUUGAAGGCGUGGCUUCGAUGGCUGGAUUGGGGAGGAUUGAUUGGUGAAUUUGCUCCCUCGAG